AUGGCAGGCGCGGAAGGUGACGACAAUGCCGAAACAUUUUCGGACUCAAAUCCUACACCAGAGGAUGCAGGAAAUUUACAAAUUUUACUCUUAAAAAGAGAUCGCAUUCACGACGAAAUAUCGCGUUUCAAGUUGUGGUUUGAAACAAACAAUUACAGUACAUCCGCUUCUCGACUAAGAGUAAGAUUGCGCGAUUUUGUACGUAUUAAGGCUCAGUUUGACAAAAUCCAUUCUCAGAUUGAAGCUCUUGAUGAUCCCACACAACCGAUGCAAGUGUACGAACUUAAUACGGUCACAUACGGGAUGUCGUCAGCUCCCUAUGCUGCGAUCAAAUGUCUAAGAUUAUUGGCGGAUCAAGUGGAAUCAACAUUUCCAAAAGCUGCCGAAAUAAUCAAAGACAAUUUUUACGUCGACGAUGUACUCUGCGGGAGUUCCACCGUAGGGGAAACAAUGGAACUUCGUGACCAAUUAACGCAAGUGCUUUCCCAGGGACGUUUCACUUUAGCCAAAUGGGCUUCCAAUAAUCCUAAUAUUGUACCACAAGAAACACCGAAAAUGUCUGUUGUAAAAUUUGACCAGGUGGACAAUGAAUCGAAAACCCUUGGUUUAGUGUGGGACACUCAAAAAGAUGCGUUCAAAUAUUCAAUCGACAAUCUUUCAACUACGGGUAAAGUUUCUAAACGAAAAAUUUUAUCGGUCUCAUCUAAACUUUACGAUCCUUUAGGUUUACUAGGGCCAGUAACAGUUCUAGCUAAAAUACUUUUGCAGGAAAUAUGGAAUUUAAAACUUAGCUGGGAUGAAACUGUGCCAUUAUCAAUUUAUUCCUCCUGGAAAAAUUGGCUGAAUGAUUUAAAAAUGGCGAAUGAAAUCACAAUUCCUAGGUUCAUAUUUGAAACGGAUGCCAGUGUCGAACUGCACUGUUUUUCUGACGCCUCCAUUAAGGCGUAUGGCGGAGCUAUUUAUGUACGUUGCAUUAAGAAAAAUGGUCAAGUUAAUGUUAACUUACUUUGUGCAAAAAGUCGCGUGGCCCCCUUGAAGGCGACACCAUUGCCCCGUCUUGAAUUGUGUGCGGCUCUACUAGUAUGUCAACUAUGCGAUGCAGUACUUAAAACAAUAAAAGUUCCGAUUCAAAAUAAGUACUUCUGGACCGAUUCUAAAAUCGCGUUAGCGUGGAUUUCAUCCCCUUCUAGCUCACUGAAAACAUUCGUAGCCAACAGAGUGGCUGAAAUUCAAAAUCUUAGCAGUAUAGAAGAAUGGCGGUACGUACCGUCUAUUAGUAAUCCUGCCGACAUAAUAUCGCGAGGCACAACAGCCAACAAAUUAUUAAACAACGAUUUUUGGUUCCACGGGCCUUCAUUUCUUUCAUACACAAACGAAUUUUGGCCCAUACAAGAACCGGUCAGCAAAGUAGAUUUACCAGAACAAAAGCAGACUACCUCACUCUUAGUAAACACAGUUCCUGAAUGGGAAUACUUAAAACAGUUUUCUGAUUUUAUUAAAUUACAACGCUCAAUAGCUUAUCUAAAUCGAUUUGUAACUAAUAUCGGGAAUAAAAAUAAUCAAAACUACGGGCCAUUAUCAUGCUCAGAACUUGAUCUAGCUUUAACAAUCAUUUUACGCCACAUACAAUCAACCGAAUUUGACGAAGAAAUAAGAACAUUAUCAAACAAUUUGCCAUUAAAACCGAACAGUAAGCUUCUAUGUUUGAAUCCGUUUUUAGACAAAGACGGAAUCUUAAGAGUAGGCGGACGCUUAAAUUUGGCUACCACUAUUUCAGAUUAUAAAAAACAUCCAUAUUUGCUACCGAGAAACCAUCAUGUGACAAUGUUAAUCAUUUCUCACAUCCAUUUAAGUCACUUACACGCGGGCCCCCAGGCCACGCUAGCGAUAUUACGGGAAAAAUUUUGGGUCCUUACAGGCCGCAAUGUGGUCAGAAAAAUAAUCCAAAAAUGUAUGCGCUGUUACAGACUAAAACCACAGCCAUGUAGCGAACGAAUGGGUAACUUACCGAGCUAUAGAAUAGAGCCCAGUAGACCAUUUUCUAAAACGGGUUUAGAUUAUUGCGGCCCAAUCAACAUCAAUUUAAAUCGCGGUAGAGGAAGGCCAAAAAUAUCGAAAGCCUAUAUAGCAGUCUUCAUAUGCAUGGCAACAAAAGCGGUGCAUUUGGAACUCGUGUCAGACUGUACCACCGAAAGUUUCUUACAAGCUCUGAAAAGAUUCGUUGGUCGACGAGGAAAACCCAACGACAUCUUCUCUGACAACGGGACAACUUUCGUCGGCGCAAAAAAUGAGAUGCAACGACUUCUCAGUUCGCGGAAUGACCGUAAUUACAUAAUAAAAUACUUGACAACUGAGCAGAUCAAUUUUCAUUUUAUUCCGCCUUCCGCGCCACAUAUGGGGGGUAUCUGGGAAGCGGCAGUCAAAUCUGCGAAAAAUCAAUUGAAACGCGUUAUUGGUACAGCUUUGUUUAAUUUCGAAGAAAUGCAGACGUUGCUAAUCCAAGUUGAAGCAUGCUUAAAUUCGCGUCCGUUAACCCCUAUAUCCAAUGACCCAAAUGAUCUGACUCCUUUAACCCCCGGCCACUUCCUCGUUGGAACCCCUCUAACUGCUGUUCCAGAGGACAACGUCACCACGCUCCCAACGAACCGGCUCUCCAGGUGGCAACAAGUCAGUCGCACUCAGCAGCAAUUCUGGAAACGGUGGUCAGCAGAAUAUCUGGGCCAACUUCAAAAUCGCCCAAAAUGGACCAAGGCCAGCCACAACAACAUAAAGGUGGACGAUUUGGUGAUCAUUAAGGAAGACCACACACCCCCGCUUGCAUGGAAGAUGGGACGCGUCACUACAGUUCAUCCCGGUCAAGAUGGCCUCAUUCGGGUAGUGACAGUGAAAACCGCGAAUGGUGUGACUAAACGACCAGUGGUUAAACUAUGUGUGCUUCCGACCGAACCAUAA